UUUAUAUAUACUUUAGUUAUUAGUUUUAAAUCCUAGAAAUUUGUGGGUAGCGUUUUAAAAUCAGGUGAUUGGAUAUAAAAUUAAAAAACGUCUAUGAGUUAAUUAGUGAAAAUUUGUUAUUUUACUACUAUUUAUUUUAAAUGAGAAAAUAAAUCUGAUUUGAUAAUGAAUAGCCCCAAUAAACAUAAUGAUAAAUUAGCAUCUAUGAAUGAUUUACCAAAAUCUAUCAACAAAACUUUGUUGAAUUCAAAUAUUUUAUACAAUCCGCUAGUCAAAAAAAUUGUAAUUAUGGUUAUUGAUUCAUUAAGAUGGGAUUUUGUUUUUACUAAAAGCGAUGGUAUACAUAAUACAAUGAUUUUUACAAAUCGACUAUUGGAAAAAAACUUUGGAAGAUUGCUUCAGGUUAAAGUCAACAACCCAACCGUAACAAUGCCAAGAAUAAAGGCCAUAACAACAGGGAGUGUUUCUAAUUAUAUAGAUGUUAUCUUAAAUCUUGGCGAAACACGAGUAUCCAGUGAUAAUAUAUUAUUACAAGCUAAAAAUCAUGGUCACAAAUUAAUAUUUUAUGGCGAUGAUACAUGGUUACAAAUGUUUACCAAUAUAUUUCAUCGUUCUGAGGGAACUAGCUCAUUUUUCGUUAAUGAUUUUGUGCAAGUAGAUAAUAAUGUUACUCGUAACAUUUAUAGUGAAUUAGAAAAUAACAAUGAUUGGUCAAUAAUGAUUCUCCAUUAUUUGGGUCUUGAUCAUAUUGGUCACGUUUAUGGCCCUAAAAGUCCAUUAAUUCAAUCUAAACUUAAACAAAUGGAUAAAAUUAUUGAAGAUAUAUCAUCUAAAGUAAUCGAAUGGAAUAAACAAAAUGUUGAAUCUUUAUUUAUUAUUUGCGGAGAUCACGGUAUGAAAAAUUCUGGAGGGCAUGGUGGAGCAACACUUGAAGAAACUUUGGUUCCUUUGAUAAUAAUUGAUGGAAAUUACAAUGAAAAUAAUAAUAAUUCAAACACCAAAAUGGUAAAUCAAAUUGAUCAAAUUGAUAUAACAACAAAUUUAGCUGUUAUACUGGGACUACCUUUACCAUAUUUAAAUAUUGGAGUCAUAUCUUUAAAUAUGAUUAAUUAUAAUCUAUCAUCGGCUCAAAAACUUUAUAUUCUUUAUUAUAAUGGUAGACAAGUACUCAAUCACUUUAAAAAGUUGUCAAACUUUCAUUCAAAACAAUGUUAUUUAAAUUAUUUAAAAGCCGUCAAGUUACAUAAUGAAUGGAUCAAUUUUUCCAACAAUGAAAGUAAUUUUGAUAAUACUGUUUCCGAGAAAAUUAUUACAUUAUAUCUCGAGUCUUUAAAUGAUAUGAAAAAUUUAUUAGUUCAAAGUAUCAUUCAAUACAAUAUUCCAUUAAUAACUAUAGCCAUUGUAUUAACAAUUCAAAUUUUUUUCAUCAUUAUUAAUUUAAAUAAUCCGAUCAAUAAAAUAUUUUUAUUAAAAAAAUAUUUUUACUAUUGGUCAUUUUCAGUGGCAUCAUGGUUUUCAUUAAAUUAUAUACUAAUCAAUUUUAUAAAUGAUAAUGAAAAUUCUUUAAAAUUUAAUGACUCACCAAUAGGUAACUCCAAUAGUUUGGCAACUAUUGAUGUCGCUGCAAGUUGUAUUGGUUUAGAAACUUACAGAAUAUACAUUGCUGCGUUAUUCAUAUGUAUAAACACAUUUUCAUCACCUGUUUUGGCUUAUUUAAUAUUAGUAUUUAAAAUAACAUUGGGUGAUACUUCAAAUACGAUAGAGUAA